UCCCCUCCCUCUCUCCAGCCUUCACUUCCUUCCCACUCCACCUCUGCUCCCAUACCCCUUCUCCUUCCUUUCUUCCCCCUUCCCCUUCCUCCUCGCCCUCGCCCAGCAUCCAAGAAAGAACUCGCCACUCCGGCUCACCAAUCAUCGCAGAUCGGUCAGUCCGAAGCGACCAGCAGUCCGCGGGUCUCGUCUUCUACCCAUGGCGUCCUCCUCCCCGUCAUGCCGCGCCGGCGGCAAGCCGGACGUGGACCGGAUCAAGGGCCCCUGGAGCCCCGAGGAGGACGAGGCGCUGCAGCGGCUGGUGGCGCGCCACGGCGCACGCAACUGGUCCCUCAUCAGCCGCUCCAUCCCGGGCCGCUCCGGCAAGUCCUGCCGCCUCCGCUGGUGCAACCAGCUCUCGCCGCAGGUGGAGCACCGCCCCUUCACGCCCGAGGAGGACGACACCAUCCUCCGCGCGCACGCGCGCUUCGGCAACAAGUGGGCCACCAUCGCGCGCCUGCUCUCCGGCCGCACCGACAACGCCAUCAAGAACCACUGGAACUCCACGCUCAAGCGCAAGUACUACGCCGCCGCCGCCGCCGCCGGGGGGCAUGCCGACGCGGACGACGAGCGGCCGCUCAAGCGGACCAGCAGCGACGGCCACCCGGGGCUCUGCUUCAGCCCCGGCAGCCCGUCGGGGUCCGACCUCAGCGACUCCAGCCACCACAGCCUGCCCUCCGUCAUGCCGUCGGCUGCUCCUGCCGCCGUGACAUCGCCGCAGCAACAGCAGCACGUGUACAGGCCGGUGCCGCGCGCGGGCGGCGUGCUCGUGCUCCCGCCACCGCUGGCGCCGCGGCCGCCGUCUCCGCCGCCGCAGCAGGCUCCUCCUCCUCCUCCCCCGGCGACCUCCCUGUCGCUGUCCCUGUCCCUGCCCGGGCUGGACCAGCAGCCCGAUCCGUCCCCCUCCCCAGCAGCUCCUGUACAGAUGCAGCAGCAGCCGGCUCCUUCUCAGAUGCCGCCGCCAGCCCAACCGAGCCUGCCGUUCCAGCUGCAGCCGCCGCCGGCGAUGAACCUCGCGUCGCCGCGGCCGCCGUCCCCGGUGCCGUUCAGCGCGGAGUUCCUGUCGAUGAUGCAGGAGAUGAUCCGGAUCGAGGUCCGCAACUACAUGUCCGGGUCCGGCCUGGACCCGCGCGCCGACGCCGGCGCCGUGCACGCCGUCAGCAAGCGCUUGAUGGGCAUGGCCAAGAUCGAGUAGCGGCAAUCGAAGUAACUGAUGAGUGGCGAAUCGAUCCGCGGCGGCGGCGGCGCGCGUGCAAGAAGGAACGGCGUCGCCAGGCAGGCCGAAACAGAGGCCGUGCGGCGGCGACAAGUGAAGAGAAGUGGAGUCGAGCUCCACCGGCUUCGUUCCAAAGCUGUCGUCGUUUAAACGAAAGAUCCUUCCCCCUUGUCUAGAGUUCCCUAAAUCUAGCCAUUUCUUUUCUUCAAUUUUUUUACCCCCUUUUGUCCAGUUCCAUCAUCCAGUCUUGUAGUAGCUCUAAUGGAAGUCUCGAAGCGAGCAGAGCAGGGCGCGGAGACGAAGAAAACUUGGUCUUCUCGUUUGCUUGUCAGCUUGGAGACCACCCUGAAAUAAGGUGCAGAGCACGAAGGAUGCCUCCUUCCUAGCUGCUUGCUGCCUGCUGGUGGGUAACCAGCCGGAGUAGUAGCCAUUGCAUGCAUCCAUGUUCUUUUUGUACAGACCGGAAAAACAGAGAGAAGAAAUGAAGAUGAAUUGACCACUCCA